AUGUCUUACCAGAAGGGCGACAAGGAUGUCGGCGAGCAGCCCACCGCUGACAAUGGAUUUUCCUCCGCGCAACAGAAGGCUCACCGUAUCCGCAUUACCCUGACCAGCUGCAAGGUCCAGUCCCUCGAGAAGGUCUCGACUGAGCUCCUCGACCGCGCCCGCUCCAAGGGUCUGACCGUCAAGGGCCCCGUCCGCCUGCCCACCAAGACCCUCAAGGUCACCACCCGCAAGACCCCUUGCGGUGAGGGUUCCAAGACCUGGGACACCUACGAGAUGCGCAUCCACAAGCGCCUCAUUGACCUUCACGCCCCCACCGAGGUUGUCAAGUCCGUCAUUGUCAACAUCGAGGCUGGUGUCGAGGUCGAGGUCACCAUUGCUGCUUAA